AUGGCUGGGACUCCACCUUCAAAACGUGCGAAGACGCAAGGUGGGAAACAAGAAGCUGAGGCCGAAGAUCAGGAUGUGCCGAUACUGUCUGGAAGCAGCGUGACUCAAGUUGAGACCCCAUCAAGAAAGUGUGCCUCUGCUUCACAGACACAAGUGAAGAAAUGGGCCCCGGGAAACCCAACACUCAAUGAUCUGUCAAGACUGGCUGAGGCCUCUGUUGCUGGUUACCUUGGCUACACCGACACUCUACAUCUACGCGAUCUGAUGUGGUCCUGGCCAAUUAUGAGGGGAGCAAUGGUUUUUGAGACUAUCCUUAAGAAUAAGAUCCAAGUCACAGCGACUUCCAUCUUAGAAUCUUCACUCAACGACGUUGAUGCAUAUGAAUAUGAGACCAAUAUCGACACACUAGUCUUCAACUUCAACAACCGCUCCGAAGAAGAUAAGGCCAAUACAGAGGACACAACGCGAGCACUUACUCUCAUGUUUGCGGGAACCAUACAUCAUACCGCCCGUGCUCUUGAGGAUGUUGGGCUGUUAACUCUUGAGGACACAGAGUUACAAUCACAGUUUGCCAAGCUCCGCAUUGAGCAGUCUGGAGUGAAGGGGUUUUUUGUCCCAGCUUUUGACAAGACGACUUUACUAGUUCCAACCCUCGGACCUCUCGAUAUGUUCCGUGAGCAUGCUAUGGAACGCUACUCAAGGGCUUACAUAUGUGUCCGAUAUCUUCUCUACCAGACCACAUCAUUGAAAUUUGCUCCAAUCAAGGCCAAACUUGGGAAGAACCAGUAUUUCGUCUCUGGUAUAGUGCAUCCAGACAGGCUCCCCUCGUGGAUGGGGAAUGAGACAGUUAAAGAGUUUGUUCGCGAAGAUGGAACAGAGGACGACGAGCAACUCUCGGAGCAUAUCAACUCAUACCUCAAGCGGAAGAAGAUCUGCUUGUCGCAAGACAUUGUCGACUAUAAGCACGACAUUCGAGACUUUGAGAUUGGCCCCCAGUGGCGUGACCACUUGCGCCACGAGCUGUCACUUCCUAGGCUCAGGUGUGACUUUAGCACCCUGACUUUGAUCCCAACUGCACUUCCUGCCGCAGAAGACCCUGGCCCUGUACAAGUUCUACAGGAGGGUCCAUGGAUUAUCUAUGACAAUGAGAACCCGGAUCAGGUCACACCAUGGACAGACGUUCUGGAAGUUUUACACUCAGGGAGCAAGUUCUGCAUAGAAUAUUCUCUGAAGGUAGUGGACACCGAAGAAGACGGACCAUACCCAUACGAGUUCGACGGAGGCCCUAUUCAGGUAUACAGUGAUGAAGUAGGGGCUCUAGCCAUAACAGAGAACACUGCUGCCCAGGACGAUGCAACCACUCAUGCAAAUCACCCGACGCCUUGCACUCAUAUUGCCCCAGCGCCUGCCCAAGUUGAUAUAAAGGGAAAGGGAAAGGGCCCUGAAACCCCAGAGCUCUCUCAUACCGGUUCAAAGUUGUCUUACUUACAGGGUGCGCUUACGGGAUCAAAUUAUCAUGGGAUUCGAGGCAUUGUGACCCCAGAUAAACUGUUUGGCGACUGCAAAUCGGCAGAGUCACAAGCCUGGCACCUAGGCAUUGAUGUGUCAACUCCAGCCGGUAUUGAGGCUUUCAUUCGAAAGGUUGUUGGCACGUUACGUGUUGCUAAUGUCGCGCCAAAGGCAGCAUUAAACCUGUCAGGUCUCCCUGGCACUGUCCGACAAGAGAUCCAGAGAGGUAUGGCAGCGGCAACAGCUACAACUCUAAAUGCAGAUCUUUGCGAAAACGAAGAAGAUGCCACAAGCAUGGCAGGCUUCUACAAGAUGCAGAAGCUAUUUACCGGUGACGAAUCCCAGACUGGUCCUCCACUCGAUGCUUGCCUUACGAUUGCCAACGCGCAUUUUGAUACUUGGCAUGACAAGCAGUGCACGCUUGCCAAGUACGCCCUAAAGUCGCUUCCAACUGUCAGCAUCCGACCCCUAGGACAUCAAAUCACUGGUUUCCUAUGGAUGGUACUAAAGGCGUAUGGUUAUAUACUUGCUCCAACAAAAGAAGGUCAGGCUGCAGCUGACCUACUUCAAAUGGCCCGCACGUUUGAAUGGGUGUUCCGAUAUUUCACUCCUGAUGCCCCAGGAAACUACAGGCCCCAUCUCAUACUAGCGCCGGCUGGACCUGUCAUCGAACAAUGGCGUCAGGACAUUACAAAGCACUUCAAGGGAAUUAAUCUGGUCCUCGCCUAUGGAGACUUACCACUAAGCCACGGCCAGCCAGGAGACGAGAAAACCUUCAAGCCAGCCGAUUGGAUUGGAAAGUGGAAGGGGGUGUUCCAUACAGUGAUUCUAGAUGAGGGUCAUAAGAUUCGCAACCCGUUGAGCAAUAUCCAUGUUGCAGUGGCGAGGUUGAACGCGCGGCAUCACUGGUUCAUUACAGGCACACCAAUCCAGAACCAGAGCACGACUAGGCGCGACUGGAUCCAAACACUUGAUGGCAACUACAAGGACUUUGAGCUCCUGGAGAAGUCGACGAUAAACAAGCUUUACAGGUGCAUGGAAAGACUAUUACUCCUUCAGCGAUCAACGGCAACCUCCAUACCCUUAAAUAGUCAAGGGGAGCGGCUGUCACUGGCUAACCUAAUGCCACCAUACGAAAUUACCACAGUGCAGUUGAAGAUGAGUUCUGCGGAAGCAGCAGAGUACCAGUUCUUCCAUCAGUCGUUUGUCAAGGAUUACGAAGAAGGCCUUGAGAUAUGGGCAAAUCAGAAACAAAGCCGUAUCGACCCAACGGCAGAAGUCAAAAGCUUUCCUUGCAUUACCGGCCCACUACGGGCGAUGACGGUAAAUGCAGUCUCGACUAUACUAAGCCGAUUCCACGACACCCUGGAUAAUACGAAGGUUCGGAAGAAGCGCCUUGAUGACACUGUUGCAACUAUCAGCAUACUACGAGCCCAAGGCUUCACGGGACUGCAGCUUGCACAUGCUACUGUGCGAAAGGGCGAUCGGGUGAUCAAGGACGCUGCCGAUUUGAUACACCACUUGACUUUCGUCUCCCCGAAGAUGCGUUGGAUUCUAAAAUACGUGAUGGAUCAUUGCCUGAAAAGGAGACCAGAUGGAGGACGGAACAAGUUGCUGUGCUCUGAGGAUAUCCCCGUCUCAGCAUGGUUUAUUGAGACAGUGUUGAAGUCAAUAUACAUCCGGGCAGAGGUGUUGCAUGCUGGUCUGAAUGACCUCCAGCGAAUCGCGCUCAUUCAGGAGUUCAAUGAGCCCCAGUCGGACUUGGUUGUCCUAGUUAUGAUGUAUCAGGUGUCAUCACAGGGCGCCAACUUAGACGGGGCAUGCCAUCGGGUAUGCUCGGUCACUACAGCGAUCAACCUGCCGUCAGAGCUACAGGUACACUAUCGACCUAUCCGAGUGUCGCAAAAGGAGAAGGUCACCAUCGUGCAACUUUCUGUAGUCAACAGUCACAACGCCUGGCGUGAAACUAAGCAGGUCGACAAGAGCAUCAUUGAUGUGUUGACAAAACUCCGCUCUCCUGAAUCCUUCCAGGUCAUCGCAGAUGCUUUGAACGACAACCGGGAUGAAAUGUUGGCUGCGCACAAUUCCGAUGAGGAGAGGGACAGCGGCUCUUCUGAUGACGAGGGUCCUGCCCAGGGUGCAUCAUUUACCCCCGUUAACAGGAAUCUACGGAAGCGGAAGCGUACCCAGCAGGAAACAGAUGAUACCGAUGAGGGUCCUGACGACUUGCCUCCUGCAUACGAGACCCCCGAUGCAACUUACUCUCCAACUAAGCACGAAACUGAUGAAGAGUCUGAGAACUGUGAUGAUGUCUCUAACGAAGACGGUGACGACGAGGACGAGGGGGUUACGCCCAAUGAAUACAUUUCGGACUUCAGGAAGGCCUGA